UUUACUAUUUAAGUAGACAUUGGAAAUCUCUAGACAGUUACGCUAAUUUUAUUGUUUCUGAAAAAGCAGUAAACAACAUUCGAAUUUCUUGUUACAAAUAUGGAGAAAAGGACGAAAUACAAAGAAAACCCGAACACUAAACGAGCAAUGAGUAAAUUUUGUGUUCGAUUCGAUGAGGACGAUGACUCACAGGCGACUUCGGAAGAAUACAAGCUCAAUUUGAUCGAAGAGAUCCCACGCCAGGAGAUGGCCGAGGAAAUAAAUGGGAUGAACGAAAUGCUGGACUGUAUACAGUCUCGUAUCUCUGCCGGUGGUUUUAGGGAGGCUGCGAAGUCGCCUCGCACCCCGGAGGAUUAUCAGGGAAAACUUGUAAUACGUGAAAAUUGCAUUGGAUUUGAUGAUGAUUUAAACUCGGAGCCGGAGAAACUCCUUCCCAACGAAGCGGAGGAAGAGCAGAUAGAACAUCAGUUCGAGGAAAUUCCAUUCCAGGAUAUGGCCGAGGAAAUAAGACAGAUGAACGCAACGCUGGACCGUAUGCAAGCCCGCCUCUCCAUUGAUGCCUUCGAAGAGAUUGCCAAGUUGAUUAACAGCAUAGAGGAAGAGAUGGGCCUUGAGCCGGAGGAUACGCGCUGGCUGAUCUUGCACGGCAGCAAGGAUCCGGUAAUUCGUGCCCUCCAGGUCAAUUCCCGGCGCCUUCGUUGCCAACUAACUGAUUUGGUGCGCUGUUCGGAGCUGGGAGCCACUCGUCUAGUGGCCAUGAACCGCCAAACUAUCCGGCAUUCAAAUCAUCUGCGGGCUUACCGCAAGCAGUAUGAGAGCGUCCAAUCCUAUCACUUGGCUCAUCAAUUGGAGGCGGGACGGUGUCUGAUGCGGUAUCGCCAUUGCCAGGAGGUGUACUGCAGCUGGCGCGAGCUCCACCACAUGGGUCGCAAGGCACAUGAGGCGUACGAUAAGAUCCUGGAGAUAACUCAAACACGUGGCCAAUUCGUGGUGUUGAAGAAGCAGGUCCUUAGGGAAAUUUCGGACGUACACGAGGAAAUCUCACGUUCUUCUCACUGCCUUGCCAAGCGGGUGAAAGAACUGGGGCAGGUAUUGGGCAUUUUCAAACAUUGCGUCUCCAAGGGGGAGCCGCAGCAAUGGCAGAACUAUACCGGACCACCGGUUGUGGUAAAGAGCACUCACUGGCAAGGACGCUAUACGUACACAUUGCGAUUUGCCCACGGUGAGCUGUUCACCAUCCCGGUCGUUGUGCCACUGCCGGCUCACACUUGGUACGGCCGGAUGCAGGCGAAUUUGUCACGGGGUCAGUUGCCCAAGAUCCAAGGUUCAGAAAAAUGUAAAUAAUAGUUUCGAGCU